CAGUUGCAUGUCGUGCACAUCAAGAGCCGCAGCUGUUUACUAUAAUCUUUCAGGGCUCAUUUGAAUCCGAUGCCGUCAUGGAUGCGCCAGAUGAACAAGGAAAGGCCCAGGAAAUCGUCGUCAGCGAUUGGACGCAGCUCGCAGAGAUGCGGGACCCUGGUGACAACUGGACUGGGGUAACGGAUACAGCCGAGAGGAAAAAGAGGCAAAAUCGCCUGAAUCAAAGAGCCAUUCGGAGGAGGCGAAAGCUUCAGCAGAAUGAUCCAGCUGGGGGAUCACAAGCCCAACCGUGUGGUGUCAGCUUUCCUGCAGGUGCUAUAGAAACGCACAUGGUUGGUGAGAGGCUGCUACACGCUACUGAGCAGGGCAACAGCAGUGUAACAGCAAACGACUGGCAUAUAGAGCAAGCGGGCCCUCUCCUUAUGGCUUGCCCCCAAAGGCUAGCCAGCCUUCGCCAUCAUAUGCGGAUGGCGUACGAGGACUACACCCUGAGUGCUCCCAGGCCCGCAUUCCUGCAGGUGCUGAUCAGGAUAAACGUUUUAAAUGCGAUGGCAAGCAACGCCAUGGCUCUAGGGCUUCCAGUGGAAGGGCUUUGUCAUGAUGAGUUUAUCUCGCCAUUCAACUUCUACGGCCCUCGCCUCCCCGACUCCAUCGACCCGCUGGCCAAAUUACCGGACAGCCUCCGCCCGACAGCAGUACAAAUGACGAUACCGCAUCAUCCGUGGAUCGACACCUUCCCCAUCCCUCGUCUACGGGACAAUGUGCUUCGUGGAAUACUGGCUGAGGACCUGGACGAGGAUGAUCUCUGCAAAGACCUUCUGCGCGUGGAAGACGAGAAGAUGGCUGACGAGAAGCCUUCCCUUAUCAUCUGGGGCGACCCAUGGGAUGUUCGAGGUUGGGAAGCCAGCGUCGCUUUCUUGAAGAAGUGGGGUUGGCUUUUGGCAGGGUGCCCGGAGCUUCUCGUAUCUACCAACUACUGGCGUGCGCAGAGAGGCGAGAAGAGGCUCAACUUUGGGAGUUGGUGAACCAUAGCUUAAGACUACACUCCCCCAUUCAAUUGCACGAGUCUUGAUAUUCGUGCCUUGCACGUAUAUACAGUAUGCAUGCGGAUGAGUUCCGAUGAAGUCCUACUAUUCUCAUCGUCACACCAUUCGCCCCAUCUCAAGAAGGUGACCGGUGACUCCCUAUUACCAAGUAGUAUACCUAUCUCGAAAGCCUGCC